AUGUCAACCAUCACUUACCCCGAUAUUUCCCACAAAAAGCAAGUAACAACAAAAUUUAGUCCAAACAGUUAUCGAGUUAUCACUGAAGAAGUUAGUAAUGACAGCUUGCCACCUUGGUAUACAAAUCAGAAACCACCUCCAUUAUAUACUGGCCCUAAUGAAAUUCCUACCCAAGUAGCAGAGGCUAGAAAUAAUCCUCAUGCCGCCAGAAAAGUGGAUAUGGUGUAUGAAAACGUUGCAAGUCUUAAUGGACCAUAUGGUAUCAUCAAAACAGACAAUGUUUCUCGGGAAGAAAAUCGUUGGUGGGAUUGGAGUCAACCGACUGAGAGUUAUGGUCCACGAGCCAAAGUAAAUGAGGACUGGAAGAAAAGGUACGAAAGUUCAUAUCGGGGUACAUUUGGCUUAUCCAGUGAGACAGGGCCAUAUACAAUGAAUAGUAGACAUUCAUCAAAUCCGAAUAAUACCGAAGCUGUAGGAAUAGUACCAGUAACAGAAAUGAAACAGAAAGGACGUGAACAAAUUAAUCAAAAAUUGGUGGAAAAAGUUUCAUUUGAAAAUCAGUAUGAUAGUCGUACAGAUACAAAUUAUCCGUUGAGAGGACGUCGUCAUGGAGCAUUUGUAGUUGAUUUACUUGAACCAAAACCGUUAAAAGGGACAACAGCGCCACCGAACGUUGAUGGUGCAGCUAGUGCCUGGGAUUUAUUUCAUCCAACCGAUGCAAUACGAGGUUAUCAAGCUAAUACACCUCAUAAAUAUAGACGAGAACGAGAAUCGUCAAACAUAGCAGAUAACGGUCUGUCAAAUCUAUCACCAUGGAAAAAUGCACCCUACGCCACUGAUCAGCAGUACGAUAGCUAUUUUCGAAAACAAGCAUUGCCACCAGCGCCUCUUAGAAGAACAGAAUAA